AUGUCGUCUGCGGUCUCCUUCGGCGCGGGGAAGCUCUCGGACAUCACGGAGUCGGCUGAGUACCCCGGCAAGCGCCUCCAGGUCCAGGUCGUGGAGGUUGCGGAGAACACCCUGGCGAUUCGCUGCCUCGACUGGGACCGCGACCGCUUCGACAUCGAGUUCGCGCUGCAGGAGGGCACCACGUACAACUCGUACCUCAUCUUCGGCGAGGAGAAGACCUGCCUCGUCGACGCCUCGCACGAGAAGUUCCGCGGCGCGUACCUCCCGGCGCUCCAGGCCGAGGUCGUGGCGCGCGGCCGCGCUGGCAUCGACUACCUGGUGUGCUCGCACACCGAGCCGGACCACUCCGGCCUCGUCGCGGACGUGACCGAGCUGUUCCCGAGCGGCCCGCAGACGACGGUGGUGGGCUCGAAGGUGUGUCUCCAGUUUUUGGCCGGGCUCAACCCUGGGAAGGAGCUGACGACGAUGGAGGUCAAGGGCGGGUCGGUGGUGGACCUGGGCGGGGGCCACGAGCUGGAGUUCACGGUCGCGCCGAACCUGCACUGGCCGGACACGAUGUUCUCGUACGACCGCAAGACGGGCGUGAUGUACACGUGCGACGCGUUUGGCAGCCACCUGUGCACGGAGGCGCCGUUCGACGUGGGGCUGCACCAGCUGCUCCCGCACUACCGGUUCUACUACGACUGCCUGAUGAAGCCGAACGCGCGGUCCGUGCUGACGGCGCUGCGCAAGAUCAAGUCGGCCGGCUGGGAGCCGACGACGGUGGCCAACGGGCACGGGCCGAUGCUGCACUACAACCUGACGGAGCUGAUGGACAAGUACAAGUCGUGGUCCGAGGAGGCCGGGAGCGCGACCGCGAGCGUGUGCGUCCUGUACGCCGCGGAGUACGGCCACGGCGACCGCCUGUCGCAGACGCUGGCGCGCGGCAUCACCAAGGCCGGCUGCGCGGUCGAGAUGGCCGACGUGCUCAGCGUCGACCCGCAGGAGCUCGUCGCGAUGGUCUCCCGCAGCGGCGCGGUCGUCAUGAUGGCGCCCCCGGCCUCGAGCAAGGAGGCGCGCAACACCAUGGCCGUGCUCCUCUCGUGCAUCAAGAGCAAGCAGAAGGCCAUCAUCGCCGAGUCCUUUGGCGGCGAGGACGAGCCCGUCGACACCAUGGCCGCGCAGUUCACCAACGUCGGCGUCGAGCUCGCGGCCAAGCCCCUGCGCGUCAAGGCCACGCCCGACGCCGCCAUGUACCAGCUGUACGAGGAGACGGGCACCGACCUGGCGCAGCAGCUCACGUCCAAGGAGGCGAUCGCGGCGAAGAAGGCCGCCAUGUCCGCCGACGUCGCGAAGGCGCUGGCGCGCGUGUCCGGCGGGCUGUACGUCGUGACGGCGAGCAACGGGUCUGCUCGCUCUGCGAUGAUCGCCUCCUGGGUGAGCCAGGCGUCGUUCGAGCCGCCGGGCCUCACCGUCGCCGUCGCGCACGACCGCGCCAUCGAGUCCCUGAUGCAGGUCGGCGACUCUUUCGUCCUCAACUGCCUCGGCGACAAGUCCGUGCAGCCCAUCAUGAAGCACUUCCUGACGCGGUUCCCGGCCGGUGCGGACCGCUUCAAGGGCGUGGACCACUUCGAGGGCUCGAACGGCGUGCCCGUGCUGUCGGACGCGGUGGCGCACAUGGAGUGCCGCGUGGUGAGCCGGAUGGAGGCGUCGGACCACUGGGUGGUGUAUGCCGAGGUGACGGCGGGCGGCGUCGCGGACCCCGACGCGCAGACGUCCGUGCACCGGCGCAAGGUGGCCACUUACUACUAG